AGCUCCACGAGGUCCGGCGGCCUUCGUGCGACGACCUCAUUCUAACUUUGCCAUGGUGUCGCUCCGGUACCUGCUUGGCGUCGCUCUCGCCGCCAUGACCCUUCUUCUGCUGGUGAUCGUGCGGGAUGCGGUCGAACGCCGCUUGCUGCUGGUCCCGUUGCGGUAUCUGCAGCAGCAUUCCGUCGCCUUGUCACCCGACGAGCUUGACGACGAGUCGGACACCGACGACGUCGACGGCACUCCGUUCCUUCCUGGCUGGAUCGAAAACUGCGUACCGUACGACAUUGUCUCGACCGUCGACCCUGCUGGCGACGCCUCGAUCACGUGGCGGACGCAUCGGAUGUACAAGAGCAGCAACGAGAACGACGGCUGGGUCGAGUGCGGCGCCGGCAAAGGCCACGUGCAGUUCCGCGCCGUGGGCCAAGCGCAGUACGAAUCCAUCUACAGCACUGCCGACCGCGACGCCGACGGCAACAUCACGACGCACGUCGUGUCUUUUGCCGUGCCCGACCCCGCCGCCGCCUACGAGUUUAUCGUCGGGUCGCACCAUCACGGGUACUCGAGCCGCCACCGACUCGGACACAACGUCGACUACUCGCUCUCGCACGGCUUUGCGUGUCGCCCAACGCGCGUUCACGCCGCGUACGGCGCGUCACCCAGCACAUUUACCAUUCAAUGGGCGACGCCGCCAGAGUGCACCAAUGGCCGCCACGUCCUUGUCGUCCGUGAAGAGGCCGCCAUCGAUGACGCACAGGCGUCGCGGACCUUUGUCGCAAAUUCGAUCGUGUUUGGCGCAAGGUACGAGCACGUCGCGCUGGCGGUGCAGCUCAAGAGCAACACGCGCUACGCCUACUACGUCGGCAACGACGCGUACAGCCGGUCGAUUCUCUAUUCGUUCACGACGCCGCGCGGCAUCGACGACGCGCCGGCACCGCUCCGGCUGCUCGUGACGGGCGACAUUGGGUACCAGAACGCCGCGACGCUGCCCAUGAUGCAAUCGGAGGUCGCGAGUGGCGACAUCGACGCCGUCAUCUCGGUCGGCGACUACGCGUACAACUUGCACAGCGCGAAAGGCGUCGUCGGCGACAUCUUUAUGACCGAGAUCGAGCCGAUCGCGGCGACCGUGCCGUUCAUGGUGGCCAUGGGCAACCACGAAGUGAAGCAGCAUUUCUCCCACUACACGUACCGCUUCCAGCUCAUGCCCGCCAACGCUGGAACUGUCUCCAUCCAAGGCCGCACUCUGCGCAACAACUGGUUCUACUCGUACAACGUCGGGCUUGUGCACUUUGUCGUGGUCAACACCGAAGUCUAUUUUACAAACCACGUCGACGAGCCCAGCAUUGAGGCGCGUCAGCGCGCGUGGCUUCAAGACGACCUUGCGACCGCCAACGCCAACCGAACGGCGGCGCCGUGGAUCAUCGUCGUCGGCCACCGCCCACUCUACUGCACGUCCGACACUGAGUGCGACGGGCCGGCGCGCGUCCUCCGCCAGGCACUCGAGCCGCACUUCUUCGCGCACGGCGUGGACCUCUAUUUAUGCGGCCACCAGCACAACUACGAACGCAUGUUUGACAUCUACGAUGGCGUUACCGAGCGUCGGACACGCAACAUGCGGGCGACGACGCACAUCCUCACGGGCGCCGCGGGCCAAAGUCGCGUCCUUCCGGUCCGCAAGCCGUUUCUGCGGGCGGCCGCGCCGUGGGACGCCUUCCGCAACAACAUUUUUGGCUACGGCCGGCUCACGAUCGCCAACGCCACGCAUUUGCACUGGGCGCAAGUUGAGUGCGACCCAGCCAACCCCGCAGCGUCGCAUCUCAACGGCAAAGCUGUCGACGACGUCUGGCUCGUGCAGGAGCACCACGGCAGCUUUGCGUCCCCAUAACUUAAACCUCGUCAUAUUCUCGUUCACGACUGGUAUUGUGAGCACCAACAUGA